GCGGGCGCGGCCGGGGGUGGCGGCCACGGCGGCCGGCGGUGCCUGCUGUGGGCGUGCAAGGCCUGCAAGAAGAAGACCGUCACGGUGGACCGGAGGAAGGCGGCCACCCUGCGCGAGCGGCGCCGCCUCCGCAAGGUGAACGAGGCCUUCGAGGUGCUCAAGAGGAGAACGUCCACCAACCCCAACCAGCGGCUGCCCAAGGUCGAGAUCCUCCGCAACGCCAUCGAGUACAUCGAGAGCCUGGAGGACCUGCUGCAGGGCGCGCAGGGCGGCCCCGGCGGCCCCGGCCAGCAGGACGCGGCGAUGCCGCGAAGAGUUUCCCGCGCGGCUUUUCGGCAACUCUUUCCAUUGGUACACUUACAACUUUUUUUCCCGACUCGCGGCGCCAGUUCGUGA